AUGUCCUUGGGAUUGAAGGCUUGCUUUGUGGCCUUCUCGAACCUCGUUGCCGUGCAUGCCUGGCGUGUCAGCAACCUCCAGGUGCCCAGCUCCCUGGCAGCAACAGCCUCUGAAACUGAAGAGCAGGCUGAGCAGGCCGGCAUUUGCUCCAGGUCCAUGUACGUCCUCGGAUGUGGGCCUAGCCAAGUGUGCGAAAGCCAGGGCCGUUUCAGAUGUGCCUUGAAGAGCGACAUGGACCUGGCAAAUGGUGCCGCCAAGGUCGCCAAGAGGCUGCUGGCGAAGGCCCAAGCCUUCAACAGCAGCACCUGGGCCACCCGGGGUGCCCUCGAGUUCUCGAAGCUCACUGUGGCCUUGAAGGACUUCAACGUCUAUGCUCAGGUUCUUUUGGAGCCCGGGGGCAUGCCCCGGUUCAGGCAUGAGAUGCAGGCCACCAAGGCAAGCCUGGCACAAGCGGCAUUGACCAUCAACGAGGCUUGGCACAGGAACGGCCUCAUGAACAGCCAAAGUAGGUCGGUUUCUCUCCGUUCCUUCGUGGAGUAUAUCGAGGAGGUCUCCAAGGAGAACACGGCGCUUGACCCGAGCACCAUCAAGGACUUCUUGAUCCAGUGUUUCCCAGGCAUGCCGAGGGAAGUCUUGGCAGAGACGACGGGAGACAUAGAGGCUGCACUGAGCUCAGAGCCGUCAUGCCAACCCUCACCCAUGACAGAAGCCUGCAGCAAGGCACUGCUGCAUGCCUACUGGGGCAAAGUGAUGUCCGGCGCACAGCAAUUUCUUGAGGGAGCUGAAGCCGAGCAGACCGACGAUGAUGAUGAGCCUGAGGGAUCUGGCACUGACCCAGAAGGUUCUGGGCUUUUGCAAGUUGAGAACGGUUUCGCUGGGCUCUUCUUCCUCAGCUUCAUGGUCUUCUUUCACAUGAUGAUCCCGUUCAUGAUCAUCAGCCUACCGAUCUGGCUUCCGGGCAUGCUCGUGCUGGCUGCCUUCACGGGCGUCCUCAAGUUGAUGGGCAUUGGACCACCCUGA